AUGUCGACGAUUACUACUCUUAUUCUUAUCCAAAAUGUUAUGACUCGUUAUUUAUUGCCUACGAUUCUUGCAUUGGGCAAUUUAGGAAACUUAUUUACGAUUGCUAUUUAUACACAAAAAAAUCAUCAGAAAAAUUCCUGCUCAAUCUAUCUAAUAGGUGUGUCUUGUUUCUCUUUAUUGGGUUCUAAUUGGGCAAUAGCUCCAGCAGUGUAUGCACUCGAUAACUUCGAUAUGAUAAAUAGAUCAACAGUAUUAUGUCGUAUCCGUGGUUAUAUUAUACAUACUAGUUCAAUGUCCUUUCGUUAUCUGCUUGUACUUUUAUGUGCUGAUCGAUAUGCACUGUGUAAUAAGCGUGUUUUCAUUCGAGCACUAAGUCGACCACAAAUUGCAUAUCGAUCAGUUGCAGUUACCGCAGUAUUUUGGAGUGUAGUUUCCAUUCAUCUACUCAUUUGGGAAAGUAUUGAAAAUGGACGAUGUGGUGUAUACGGAAUUUAUGGACAGAUAUUCAGUUUUUACGUUGUAGUUUUUACUGGCUUUAUACCCAUUGUUUCAAUGAUUUCCUUUGGUAUAUUGCUUGGUAAGAGUCUAAAAAGUUUACAUGCACAGAUUCAGCCAUUGAAUAGUUGUCAUCGUUUAAAUAGACGAGAUAUUUCUUUAAUAAAACUUGUAUUAGUUGAAAUAAUCGUAUAUAUUAUCUGUACAGCAUUGUAUCCACCAAUGGCAGUCUAUACACAGAUAACAUCAUCUAUGGCAUCAAGUAAAACAGCAGAACGAAAACAAAUUGAAACAUUUAUCAAUUUUAUCAUAAUGUCAUUUCUUUUAUAUUUAAAUUACAAUACGACAUUCUAUGUUCAUCUUAUCACAUCCAAAUCAUUUCGAAAUCAAGUUAAAGAUUUAAUACUGAAGUGUUGUGGAAGAUCACCGAGAAACGUACGAAAUCAUCAGAGUGGAUUGAAAACUAUGUCUAAAAUACCAGGAAGACAACUAUUACAGAGAACUACAAUUCUUUAA